UCAUGCCUCAUCUACAUAUAUGUCACACACACAAUUGUAUGGCAGCCCCCUCCUCUCCGACACAGCACACAUCCUUCUCUUAUAAUCACUUGUUUCCAGCAGUCUGAAGGAUUCCGCUAUUCCUCCUGACAGCAGCGUGUUUCAGUAAUGUUCCUCUCCGUGUAGAUUCCCCCCCUCCGCCUGCUCUCCAGCCAAGUCCUUAUGAUUACAGACAGGAUCAUGAAUGCAGAUCCAUAGCACAGGGCUUCCAAUUCCAUCCCCACAGCGUGGACCAUGGAGGACAAAUAUGUGUCUACUCUACAUCCACUGGUGGACUAUGCAGCUGGACUAUUCUUGGUCAUUAUAGCCAUUUUAAGCGCGGUGGGUAAUCUGGCUGUACUCGCCACAGCCGUAAAAUGUUCAUCCCACUUGAAGUCUCCGGACCUGCUUUCAAUAAACCUAGCCAUAACGGACUUUGGUAUGGCCAUCACUAUGUACCCCCUGGCUAUUGCCUCUGCUUGGAAUCACGCCUGGAUUGGUGGACAGCCGACUUGCCUUUAUUAUGCUCUAAUGGGAUUCUUCUUUGGAGUAGCCAGUAUGAUGACUUUAACGGCAAUGGCAGUGAUUCGCUAUCUGGUGACCAGCACAACCACAAGCACCCGUAAUACCAUUAAGAAGCAAGCGAUCUACAUCCUAAUAGCUGGCAUAUGGUUGUACGCAUUGCUGUGGGCAAUAUUCCCGUUGGUUGGCUGGGGCCACUACGGGCCAGAACCAUUUGGGAUCUCUUGCACCAUCGCCUGGGCUGAGUUUCAGAAUUCCACCAAUGGAUUUUCAUUUAUCAUUAGCAUGUUCAUACUGUGCACCAUCGCUCCUGCUGUGACCAUUAUUACCUGUUAUACCAGGAUAGUCUGGAAGCUUCAUAAGGCAUACCAAGAGAUCCAGAACUAUGACAAGAUCCCCAAUGCAACCAGAAUGGAGAGGAAGCUCACCCUGAUGGCAAUACUGGUCAGCGUUGGUUUUUUGGUUUCCUGGACCCCUUAUGCGGUUGUCAGCUUUUGGUCUAUGUUUCGUUCUAGCACAAGCAUACCCCCAACUGUCUCUCUGCUGCCCUGCCUGUUUGCCAAGUCCUCCACCGCCUUCAACCCCAUCAUCUACUACACGUUCAGCAAGACCUUCCGGCAGAAAGUGAAACAACUGAAGUGCUGCUGUGGGUGGAGAAUCCAUUUCAUGCAGUCAGACAACUCCGUGGAUAAUCCAGCGGUCUCUGUAAUCUGGUCAGGAAGAGAAAACAUACAGCUCUCCUCUGCUCUACAACUAAACAAAGGACAGACCAGCUCAACAAUAACACAAUGAGCAAUGUUUCUGCUAUGAGGGUAGUAGAGGGCACCUGUUGGUUACAAAAAUGGGCAUGUCCAAACAUGGCUGAUGGCAAAGUGCAGUAACCCCCAGCAUCCAAACAGAAUUGUUCUGGAAUGGGACCCCGACCAGGGCUGUAUUUAUCAUAAUGGUACGCAUGGGCCAGUGCCUAGGGCAUCAGGGUUUAUAAGGGUUGCAUCAAGCGCCAUCAUUAAUAUGUUGUGACAAUUUUUUUCCAUACCCAUUGCCAUCUUUUAAACACCUCUGGACAUUUGUGACUUAUUGUCCACCAUCACAGAAGCAAGCUCUUUCUCUUAUUCAAACCCCACACAUGCUCUUUCUCUCCCCUGAUGCAGUAACUCAGAGUUUAGCAUUUGAGAGAUCACUCCUUUAAUGGUGAAGGUAAACAGUAAUGCCGCAUACACAGGUUAGGAAUUUCCAACAACAAAUGUUCGAUGUGAGCUUGUUGUCGGAAAAUCC